AUGGCCGCUCCCAAGCGGUUUCCGACGCUUGUUCAGCUGGAGCAGCGAGGGAAGCUCUUCGAGGUGCUUGGUAACCUCACCAAGCGGCCCUACUGGUUUCACUCCGAGUACCUGAAGAGCCCGAAGGCAGUUCACCUGGAGGCCUGGCUGGUGGAAGCGAUCUUCGGCCGGGGUGGAGAACACAUCCCGCACGUCGAGUGUGUGUCACAGACCCUGCUUCACGUUCAUCAGUGGGACCCGGACGGCGAGGCUGAAAUCUUGAUAUUUGGCCGGCCUUAUUACCAGCAGGAUGUAUCCAAGAUGAUCAUGAAUUUGGCUGACUAUCACCGUCAACUCCGGGCGCGAAGCUCUGAGAAGGCUCCUGCCCGAGAGGCCGGGACCCAGCGGUCCCCCGACGCAGUCCAGGAGGCGGGGACCCAGCGGUCCCCCGACGCAGUCCAGGAGGCCGGGACCCAGCGGUCCCCCGACGCAGUCCAGGAGGCCGGGACCCAGCGGUCCCCCGACGCAGUCCAGGAGGCCGGGACCCAGCGGUCCCCCGACGCAGUCCAGGAGGCCGGGACCCAGCGGUCCCCCGACGCAGUCCAGGAGGCCGGGACCCAGCGGUCCCCCGACGCAGUCCAGGAGGCCGGGACCCAGCGGUCACCCGACGCAGUCCAGCAGACGGCGACCCAGCUGUCACCCGGGGAAGCCCGGGAGACGGGGACCCAGCGAUCCCCCAGCGCUGCCCGAGAGGCCGGGACCCAGCGAUCCCCCAGCGCAAUCCAGCAGGCGGUGACCCAGUUGUCAGCCGAUAAAGUCCGGGAGACUGGGACCCAGCGAUCCCCCAGCGUUGCCCGAGAGGCGGCGACCCAGCGGUCCCCCGGCGCAGCCCGCGAGGCGGCGACCCAGCGGUCCCCCGGCGCAGCCCGCGAGGCGGCCACCCAGCGGUCCCCCGGCGCAGCCCGCGAGGCGGCGACCCAGCGGUCCCCCGGCGCAGCCCGCGAGGCGGCGACCCAGCGGUCCCCCGGCGCAGCCCGCGAGGCGGCCACCCAGCGGUCCCCCGGCGCAGCCCGCGAGGCGGCCACCCAGCGGUCCCCCGGCGCAGCCCGCGAGGCGGCGACCCAGCGGUCCCCCGGCGCAGCCCGCGAGGCGGCGACCCAGCGGUCCCCCGGCGCAGCCCGCGAGGCGGCCACCCAGCGGUCCCCCGGCGCAGCCCGCGAGGCGGCCACCCAGCGGUCCCCCGGCGCAGUCCGGGAAGCCGGCACCCAGAGCUUCCUCGAAGUUACGCGGGAUCCCAGUUUCUGA